AUCUGGGAGCAAAAGAUUCAUGAGCGCACAAAACAGACUGCGCGCGAGAAGGGGCUAUUAGAGAGAGAGGUCAGGUUUUUCUGAGUGGGAGCAGAGCAAAUUUGCAUGCGAGAAGGGGCUAUUUGAGACAGACAGGGGAACUCCUUGCAAAAUCUGAACGUUAAUAAACACGGCUCUCAAAUUGAAAGACCACACUCUUGGUUAAAAAUAGGAAUAAAGCUCACCCAAAAUUUCUCUCGUUAUUUUGACGACUCGAGCGGACCGAAGGAAGCAGGAUGCGCACGAGCUGAGGUGGUAUUUGGCUGGAGACUUCAAGCCAAACUUCAGGACCUGAAGCUGCGAGGAUACCUUCCCCAGACUAUAACACAGUCUUAGAUUGGAGAAUAGACCGUUGUAUUCCGCUUUUUAAGGAUGUACGUGGCGUUGCUGUUUGUGUCUGUAGUGGGAUUGUCUACGUUUGCUGCUUUAGCCCAGAUCGACAGCGCAUGCGGAGGUAAUAUUACAAUCAGAAGUGCUGGGUAUGUGACAUCGCCGGGCUAUCCAUUGGGGUACCCACUCUCGCAACAGUGUUUGUGGCUCAUCAGCGCUCCCAACCCGCACGAGCAGAUCCUCAUCAAUUUCAACCCACACUUCGAUCUCGAGAACCGCGAGUGCAAGUAUGACUUUUUGGAGGUGUAUGAUGGGGAAAAUGAGAAGGCAAGUCUGAUAGGGAAGUACUGUGGUAAGAUUGCUCCAUCCCCAAUCACCUCCAGUGGAAAUUUACUGCUGAUCAAAUUCAUCUCUGAUUAUGAGACCACUGGUGCUGGCUUCAGCAUCCGCUAUGAGGUGCACAGAGCAGUCACAGAAUGUUCCAGAAACUUCACUGCUUUCAGCGGGUUGAUUCAAACACCAGGCUUCCCCAAUGAGUACCCCAACAACCUGGAGUGCACGUUCAUCAUCUUUGCACCGAAGAUGUCAGAAAUUGUGUUGGAGUUUAAGAGCUUUGACAUGGAACCAGCACCAGCUGGAGCCUCAUGCCGAUUCGACUACUUAGAGAUCUGGAACGGAUACCCAACAGUUGGCCCUCAUAUUGGAAGAUAUUGUGGUUCCAGUAGUCCAGGCCGGGUUGUGUCAGACACUGGCAUUUUGUCCCUCACCAUCCACACAGACAACGCCAUCACAAAGGACGGCUUCUUAUCCAAUUACAGUAUCCAGUCCCACCAAGAGGCCAGCCAUAAGCAAGCCAAUGAAUGUCUGUCUCCUUUGGGAAUGGAAUCUGGCGAGAUAAGUGAUGAGAGAAUCACUGCAUCAUCUCAGUACAAUCCCAGCUGGUCUCCCUUCCGUUCACGAUUAAACUACCAGGAAAAUGGCUGGACACCAUCAGAAGAUUCUACCAAGGAAUGGAUACAGGUGAAUCUGGGCUUUUUGCGAUAUGUUUCAGCUAUAGGAACACAAGGAGCCAUCUCUCAGGAAACUAAGAAAGCUUACUAUGUUAAGACCUACAAAGUCAGCAUUAGCACCAAUGGGGAGGACUGGAUCAUGGUGAAAGAUGGCAUCAAGCACAAGGUGUUUCAGGGCAGUCGCAGCCCCACAGAUGAGGUGCGUGCCUUUUUCCCAAAACCCACACUGACACAAUACAUACGGAUACGACCUCUAACUUGGGAACAAGGCAUCUGCAUGCGCUUUGAAUUAUAUGGUUGCAAGAUAUCAGACUCUCCAUGCUCUAGCAUGUUGGGGAUGGUCUCUGGUCAGAUCCUAGACUCUCAGAUCUCUGUGUGGCCUGAGCUGGAGAGGGGCUGGUUACCUGAGCAGACCAGGCUACUGACAGGCCGCUCUGGCUGGGUGGCACCUGUACCAUCUGUACCACAUGGCACAGCAAACAGCUCUUGGUUGGCACUGGACCUUGGUUUGACUCACUGGGUCACUGCAGUCAUCUUGCAAGGGGGGAGACACAGGGACAAGGUUAUGUUUGUCCGACGCUUCAGACUGGCCUACAGCACCAACGGCUCUGACUGGAUCUAUAUACAGGAAGAGAACAGAAACAAACCUAAGGUAUUCAUGGGAAACCAAAAUCAUGACACUCCAGAGGUACGUUACUUCAAGCCAUUGAUGAUGCGUUUCCUGCGGGUAUAUCCUGACCGUGGGUCACAUAAUGGCAUGGCCCUCAGACUGGAGUUGCUGGGCUGCAACACGCAAUACACUACUCCUCUUCCUCCUACCACGACAGUGGUAACUACAGUGAGGGUAACUACUAACAUUCCAGUAACCAGCCAAACAAUUGCUGGCAUCACCACAACAGAGGACUGUGAUGAAGAAUCUGCAACUUGUUACAGUGGAACAGGCACAAGUGAAGACUAUGACCCUACAGGUACGGUGGCAGACCCCAUGGAAUCUGCAUAUCUUUGGUUUGACUGCAAUUUUGGCUGGUCAGAUCAUCCAUCGUUCUGUGGGUGGAGUCUAGAGAGCAUUGGACAAGUAGACUGGCUCCUACAAAAUCGUGACAAGCCCUCCAAACAUCAACUGCCCAAUGUAGAUUACACAGGGGAACCAGGAAACUUCAUCUACACUGCACUGACCAAAGGCUCAUUCGACCCAGAGCUAGAGCAGAAGAUUGAGGCAGGAAUGAAAAGAGAGAUGGAAAUAGAAAGAAGUGCAGAGGGGGAAAGCCAGAACAAGAUGGAGAGUAAAGUCCAAUUGGCACGGUUGGUCAGUUUGCCUGUUACGUCUCUUGAUGAAGAUCUGUGUAUGUCAUUCUGGUACCGGUUUACUGGAGAGCACACAGGUGCCCUACGCAUUUGGCAGAAGAGAGAGGGAGGAGGGGAGGGAGUGAGAGAAAGUGGAGAGCUGCAGGAAGCAGAAAAAGAUGGGCAGAGGAAUAGAAGCAAGACAGAAAAUGCAGCACUGAUCUGGAUAGUGGAAUGGCAGGAAACUAAAGGCUGGAAAGAAGGAAGAGUUCUGUUGCCCCAUGCUGAUAAGCCAUACAAGGUGAUUAUUGAGGGUGUUGUUGACAGCACCUUGUCUGGACAUAUCUCUGUGGAUAAUGUGAGAAUUGUCCCUGAAACGAGUGCAAGGUGUAAAGAUCCAGGGUUUGAGGUGAUUAUUGGUACAGCUACACAAGAACCUGAUUGUGAUGUUAAGCAGAAUUCUAAGGACUGUGUGUGGAGGUUCAGGCAGCAGGGUGGCUCCAUGCUGAUGACAAUGAACCCUAUCCUGAUCACCAUCAUUGUGAUGAGUGUCAUGGGUGUGCUGCUAGGAGCUGUGUGCGUUGCAGUGCUCUACUGUGCCUGCUCCCAAAAUCCUGAGCAAAGUGCUUCUGCCCUUGAAAACUACAAAUUUGAGCUAGUUAAUGGCAUCAAGCUCAAGAAUAAGAAAGUGAGUGCACAGAAAUUGUAUACAGAGGUAUAAAGGCCAGUGCUAUGCAAACUCUAAGCGAACAUUUAUUUAAAGCUUAUGCCUUUUGAUAGUUCAAGACUGGGUCAUAGUUUUCUCAGGAUAUGCAGUGAGAGAAACUGACCUCCAGAGGGUGCUCUAAAGAAAAGAUAAUGUACAGUUUGCUGGUAAUUACCACCUGGUUGUUUGGUCUGGUUUUGUUCCUUGUUUGUUUGUUUUUUUCCCCCCAACCAAUCAAAAUGAAAGUAUCCCCUGCACAUGUGUGGAUUUCAUCUAUUUUGUGGAAUCUUUUUUUCUUUAAAGAAGAGAACCAUGUGUAGAGAGAGAGGCAUGUGUGUAUGUGACUUGUUGCUUAUGUUCAACUCAAAUAGUGCCUUUUUUGAUGUUUUUGUUUCCUUUUUAUAUCUGGUCUCACCACAGUUCAAUUCUAUUUCACUCCUCCUACCCACCAGGGGGCAGAGUUUAACACCUGGAUACCUUCUUGUCCACAUGAGCACACAUGUUGAGCUCUUUACCACAAAGUCACAUGGUGGUAAUACAAUGCAGCCCUGUCAGUAACUGCUGGCAACUGUUGAUUUUGCCUCCUACAAACACUCCAUUGCUGGCUACUCAUGGUGGGGUUAUUUUUUCCAAGAAAGUAAAAAAUUUCCUUGUAUUUUUGUGACAUGCUUUGUUUUUAUUCACUAAGAAAAGCAAUCUUUUUAGAUGGCAAGAAUUGUAUUUGUGCUAUGACAAUAGUCAUUUUUUACUAUGUCAGUACUGUCCAUGUGUUAUCUAGCUGAGUUAGAUUUACACUUCAUAAAAGUGAAGUCUGUUGAUUCAUGUAUUUUGUUGCCAGUAAAAAUCACAUGGUUUGGUUGAGAUCAAGUACAAAGUUAAUAGACAAGUAAAAAGUGACAGUAGGAUAGCAUCAGAAAGUUAGAAUACAUUUUUUUCAAUGGUAGUCCCAUAAUCAAGUUAUUCAGGUUUUGUUACACAGGUAAAAUUGUACAGAAAACAAAAGCAACUGCAUACGUCUGGCUCAUGACAGCCAAUAUGUUGAAGCGGUAAGUGAACAUUACUCACUUCUUUAACAAAUCUAACGUUGCAAAGAGCCAAAACGCAAGGUAAUUAACACUCGACAAGUCUUGCAGUGACUGCUAUUAACAUAUAACAAAUCAUGUAAGAAAUAUUGAACCAUGUCUUUAUGAUUUUCUUCAGAUCUUUAGAGCUAUAAGAGGCAAACAAGCAAACAAAUAAGUUUUAGAGUGAUAAGAGGCAAAGAAGCAAUGCUAUGCUAUAUAUGAGCCCUCAAGUAUAAUAGGGGAGAGCAGAGAGACUUGGGAUGGGGAGACUUGGAAUAAUUUCUUUCCAAUUCCAGUUAUUUCUCUCCUUAGACCAGGUAAGAUGCUUAUGAUGUUAUCUCUGGUUCAGGAGUGGCUUGAUAUUAGGAAUGCGACAGUUGUAGACCCUUUCCUGAAGACGUCUUUGCAUGGUGGCUCUUGAUUAACUGACACCAGUCUCAGUCCGCUCCUCGUGAAGCUCUCCCAAGUUCUUGAAUCAACUUGACAGUCCUUUCAAGGUUGGAUUCAUCCCUGUUGCUUGUGCACCUUUUCCAGCCAGCCUUUUCAGCAGUGACCUGUGGCUUACCCUCCUUGUAGAGGGUGAUCGUCUUCUGGACAACUUUCAAGUCAGCAGUCUUCUCCAUGAUUGUGAUUUCAUGUACUGAACUAGACCUAGAUAUACAUGGUAUUUAUACUGUUUUAGUCAAACUCAAAAUGAACUAUUCUAAUAUUUUGAGAGACUGGAUUUCUCAUUUUCAUGAGCUAUCAGCCCUAAUUAUCAAAAUUAAAACAAAAAAGCCUUGAACUAUUUCACUUUGCAUGUAAUG